AUGAGAUGGGUCGAUUGGUCAUAUAUUGAUGACAAUGAAGAUCACUUUCCUAGAGUACAUGAGAGCUUCAGACUCGAUGGAGUAGAUACUUUUGUGGGUCAGAAAUUGACCAAGUGGAAUGAUGAGCUUAUCAUGCAGUUCUAUUCAACAUCUCACUUCUACCCAAAUUGGAAAAUUGUUUGGAUGUCUGAAGGUACUAGGUACCAAAAUACUAUUACUGAAUGGGCCAAGCUUACCAAUGCCCCUGAAGAAGCUAAGGAUGAUAUUGAUGUCUACGCCGAGCGCAAUAAAGAUCACAACUCCAUGGCCAACAAGUACAAGGAGAUACCUGACAAGGCCUUGGAGAGAAACAAGCUAGGCUCAGUAUACUUUCUGUUGUCUGGACUGGCCACCAUGAACACCAUUUUGAGGCAUACCUUGUUGCCCAAAUUAGGAGAUCAUAGGAUGUUCAGAGGUCACUCCAUCAACUUGCUUCAACUAUUUUAUUUGCCACAAAAAUUCAAGGUGAUGAGCUUGAUAGUUGAAACCAUCAAGAGAAUAGCAGCAGACCAAAUGAAAUCAUGUGGGUAUGCUCCACACAUUCAAAUGCUCAUCAACUCCAAGAUGGGCAAAGGUGUGUAUCUGUUGGAUAAAGAGCACCUUCCCUUGAGACCUGAUCAUGAGGACAACUCGGUUGUUAUGGAUGCUUCAGAUCCUACUUCAGUAGAGGCUCAGGAGAAGAGAGCAAAAGCAAAAUCACAGAAGGCAACCAAGAUGCCAAAUGAUGAAGAGGCAUCUCAAGUUUUUCUCAAGUCCAAACAAGAUCAACUUGGCUAUCUCAUUCAGGCUACUUUGAGGAUUGAGAAAGGAUUGGCCACCCUGACUCAGAAUCAAGAGAGUCUUGAAAGAACUUUUGAGACAAAACUUCAUGACUUGGAUGUUAAGGUGACAGAGAUUCAGACUUCUGUGGAGAAGAACCAAGAAGAGCUUGAGGAUAGGAGUGACAAAACCACCACUGAUGCUUAUCAAAGGGUGCCCAAAAGACAGAGGACUGCAGCAGUAGUGGUGUCUCCUAGAUUGGUUAGGUGUCACUUGGGAGCCUCCGUCAAGAUUGUGGAGUUGAACCAAGGAGUUUGUAAGGGCAAGGAGACCGCCUACUUCGUGAAGAUCUACCCAAGUGAGGCAAGUCCUUCAUGGGCGAUGUUCUGUGAAACUCUGUAUGCGACGGUGGUCGAGGGCAUUCCGAAUUCCCUCAUCGGUACAAUUGCGAUGAAAGACCAAGACUGCAUCGUCGUCACAACAAUCUUUAAUCUUCUUUUUGACAAGUAG